AUGGGUGCUGGUAGUUCUAAGCCCGAGGCUGCGGGUGACUCUAAGCAUGUCUUCUCCAGCAACUCCCCCAUCCAAUUCUCCUCCAACCUAGUCGAGGCCCUCCAAUCCACCUCCGAGACCGACUCCUCUCGCACCAAGGCCGUGGAGCUCGAAAUUCAAAACCGCGUCGCGGCCGAACUUAAGCGCCUCCACGAGCGCGAAAAACAAACCCUCGCCGAGAUCGAGAAGCGCAUCUCCGAGUCCAAGGACACCGGUGCUCCCGCCCCUAUCACCGCAGCCACAGGCCCAGUCGCACACAGCAAUGGCUACCCAGUCGGCUCAUUGAACCUGGAUGCACCCCGGAUUCCGUUCGCGGGUCGUGAGCACGACGCUCCUGCCUUCACUGCGCCUGUCGAGACUUCCGAGCAAGCACCCGUCAUCAGCCGCGAGAUCUCGCGGGACUCGGUUAACAGCGAGAUCGAGAAGCUGCGGAGCCGGUUGGAUGGACGACGGAAGCUUGUUGAUAUUGAUGAGAGCGUUGAGAAGGCUAAGAAUGAUGUUGUUGGUUGUUUGAGACUUAAUGAUCGUCGGCCGUUGAACUGUUGGAAGGAGGUUGAGGCUUUUAAGAAAGAGGUUGCGAAGAUGGAGACUGCUUUUGUGGAUCGUAUUGUGGGUUAG